GGUUUCGUUUGUUGUUGUGGUGCUGUGUUUCCGGUGUGGAUGCGGCCGCAGAUGUUUAUGGUUCCAAAAUGACCAAACUGCAGCUACUGAACGCCUACCUGACGGAGCGGCUGACGGCGGUGGUGAAGGAGAUCCUGGACGUGGUGGAGGACACGGUGACCGAGUACCGGGAGGAGACCGCCAGGACCAAACGGGAGAACGAGAGCCUGCGGAGGCAGCUGCGGGACAUCCUGCUGCUGGAGGCCGAGACGGAGUGGCUGAGGUCGACCAGGUCCCGUCUUGGUUUUGCGGCUCCUGAUCAGCCGCCCUGUGAUCCGGAGCUGAGGCCCCGCUCUGAGGAGCCAGACUCCACCCUGAACCAGCCCAGACAGCCGCCACAUGAGCAGGUUGUCUCUGUGCAGUUGCUGUCGGUGCAGAGCCACCCGUCCCCGGGGCCGGUGCUCCUGCCGGCGGACGAGAAGCCUGUGGAGGCCUGGGAGCCGGCGCUGAAGCCCGACCUUCAGAAGGAGGCGUUUGGGAAAGCUUCGCCUCUUCCUUCUCACUCCUCCUUGAGUCCUCCGUCCCUCCCCGUCCCCAAAGUCCAUGUUGAAGUUCCCGCUCUGAGAGAGGAGCCCCGGGCCCCGCCCCCCCCCGCUCUUAUCAAGACUGAACCUGAGGAAUACAAAGUGACUGAACCUGAAGGUCUCACGGACUCUCUGGCGCCGCCUCCCGUCACACAGGAGCAGUUCACAAACAGGGCGGAUGUGAUCAGGACGGUGGUUGUGCGUGCAGAGCGGCGCGAAGCUCACAGCAACAGGAAGUCCUCUCAGGAGAAGGUCACAGCCGAUGACGCCACUGCGGUCGCUUACGCCCCCGAGCUCGUCCACCGCUGCCCCCGCUGCGGCGAGACGUUCGCACCUGCGCACGCACACCGGCGAGAGGCCGCACCGCUGCACCUUCUGCUCCAAGAGCUUCAGCCAGAGAGGGAACCUGCGUCGACACCUGCGCAUUCACACGGGGGAGCGUCCGUACAGCUGCCCGUACUGCUGCCGCACCUUCAGCGACGGCGACACCAUGAAGAAACACAAACGCACGCAUUCGGGAGAGAAACCGUACCGCUGCGCUCAGUGCUCCAAGACCUUCACCAGCGCCAGCGGCCUGCAGAUACACCUGAAGAAGGACAUGUGCCUCGUGGCGAACGCCUGAUUGAGUUCACGCAUCAGAAUGUUUAUUUUAAUGAAAGAAUGAGAGCGUCACAAGCCAGGAGGAUGUGCAUUCAUACAAAUAUAUAAUAAAGAUGUAGUUUAUCAGUGUUAACAUCCAAAAUCUGAACGUCUUUACACAAACUGCACAGUUAAAGCUGCAGCAGGUAACUUUUAUAAAGAUAACCUCUGUCCUGACAGUAGAACAUGAGAAGGAAUCCGGUUCGUGUGGUUCUGAAUGAAAACAACCAAUCAGAGCAGAGAAACUGAGAGUGAGCCUCAACAAUCGACUAUGUUUCUUGAACACUUUCUUUUAGAAGUGAUCAUUUUGCGUGUAAAGACGUAAAGAUGUUGCGAUAAAGACAAGACGCUGUUUGUUUACAACCUGCUGGCUCUGUGAUGUGGCUCCGUUGUUAUUCUUGCAGUAAAAUCUGUGUUUGAACUCUGGAGGACGAGCAGCACCUGUCACCUGUAGGAACCGCGGCGGACAGCAACGACAGACGAGCUUUUACAUUUCCGCCAAGCGUCUUUAAGGCUCUCUGUGUUUCCCCGAACGGGACGGGGUUCAGUUUAUAGGCAGCUACAUUUUAUCUUAUAUUUAUUUAUUUAUUUAUUUUCAUCUCUGGAGUUUUCCUUCCUGGACGCUGAGGAUUCAUCAACAGAGACAAACACUCAGCACACGACAGUAACAGUGUUUCCAUCCAAAUGUGUCGCGAAUUCGAACAGAAUUUUGAGUAAUUUGGCAAAAGAAAAUGUGAAAUAUAAUAUUUCUUGAUUCGAGCCAAACAUCUGAAACAUCUCCUGUCAGUAAUGGGUCAAUUGGACAAACAAUUUCUGAUUUAUACUCUGAUUUGUGUCAUUUUUUAUGGCGCCCCCUGGUGGUGGAUUAAAGCUCAUUGGUCAGAAACUUUAUAACUAAAUAAGAUAACAAUAAGCCUUAUUACAUCUGUUGAUCAGCUUCAUCUGAUGAUGAUCUGCAGAAGAUCUGGUAGCGAUCUGACCGACAAAAAAAUGUAUUUUCAAAAACAUUUAAAAUGGCAAAAAUAUAACCUGGCGGACUUUAAUGGUCCAAGAGGAGUUUAUGUUGAGCACAUCGAGCUGGACUCGUGUGUCCAAUCUCAAGUCAGUCAGACUUGUGGUCUGAGGGGCGUGGCCUUUCCAUAAAUUUGAGUUUUGGGCGUUAAUUACAGCGCCACCAUCUGGCCGAAGUUUCAUGUUUCUAGCUCAUUCCUGGGCUGGAAUUUGAGCUUCUGUGGCAGACUAAUAAUAGUAAUUAAAAUAAGUAUAAUAUUAACAGCUUGUUUCUGUCAGACUACUAUUAUGUGGAUAUUAGGAGUUAGUGAUGAGCAGUCAGGAAACCAGAAGAAGAGAUUGCAACAAGACGAUGUCAUUAAAAGAGCCGCAGUGGAAGUUCAUGCUUUAAUGUGAGGAAGUGUUCAGUGAGUUCGUGUUCAAUACGUCAUUCAGAAACAGUGUCCAUCUCCCAUCAGCAAAAGCGAAAAAUUAAGGGCAAAUCUUGCUGUUUCCAUCAAACUUUUCUAAAAAUAUUCUUCUAAACACAUCGAUGAAAACAGCGAGGAGAAUCAGGACGAGGACUUGAAGAAAUACUGCGAGGAAUUCAAAAUUUUUCUUUUUGCACUUUACCUGAAAUGAGAAACGUGUUGCUGAACUGGCUCUGAAGUCCUUGAACCUCCUGAAGGUCAAAGCUUCAAUCACAGAUUCUGGAGGAUUCUUCACCAGAUACCAAUACCUUAUCAAUACUGUCAUAUGACUGAUAUUCUAGUUCAGUCACAUUCUUACUGGGGAUGCACCAUAUGGAUCUAUUUUCAGCCGAUAAGAUAAUUUCACAUUUUAUCAAAAUAACACAUAAAUAAAAAGUAUUUGUGAUCUUUGAUGAAAAUAAAUAUUAUAGGGUCCAUUAAGUCGCUGUUCUGGAGCUUUCCAUCAUAUAACACAGUCUUCCUCUGCAGUCAGUUAAUGUCGACCUUUAAGCGAACAGAAGUUCUUCAGGUUGCUCAGAAAAUAAAGGAACUUUAUGUUCAUCAGCAGAAGAAGCUGCGGCUCCAGAGCAGCCACUAAAUGGACCCACUAAAUCUUAUUAAGACGUUUGUUAGUCGAUCUGUUCCUGAUACAGCAGUUACUCAGUUCGUAGACUCUGUUAAACUUCAGGUGUGUGAGCUCGUCGGCUCAAUAACAGUUGUGUCACUUCCUUUCCAGGUGACGGGUGUUGGGAACAGACUGCUCGCUGCAAUACUGAAUAUAGAAUAAUAUAAUAUUUAUUUUCUUUUAUCAGUGUUAGAAGGCUUCAAUCUCUCUCAUAUAAUCAUACUUUUGGAGGCAGCUGACUGUGAGACAUGAUGGGAAACUGAGUGCAGGUUUGUGAGCAGAGUCUGUGUGAUUAUCAGUAUUUUGUAUUGAUGUGAAACAUCUUGUUUUUUUUAGGCAAAAUAAAUGUUCAGUGAAACUGUC